AUGGAUCCUCAUAACCCAAUUGUCCUCGACCAAGGUACUGGUUUUGUGAAAAUUGGCCGUGCUGGUGAGAAUUUUCCAGAUUUUACAUUUCCCUCCAUCGUUGGUAGACCUAUAUUGAGAGCGGAAGAGCGUGCCAAUGUAAGUACUCCAUUAAAGGAUAUUAUGAUCGGUGAUGAGGCCAGUGAAGUACGCUCGUACCUUCAAAUUUCUUAUCCGAUGGAAAAUGGUAUAAUUAAAAACUGGACGGAUAUGGAGUUAUUGUGGGACUAUGCAUUUUAUAACCAGAUGAAACUGCCAUCAACGUCCAAUGGAAAAAUCCUAUUAACCGAGCCUCCUAUGAACCCAAUUAAAAACAGAGAGCAAAUGUGCGAGGUCAUGUUCGAGAAAUAUGAUUUCGGUGGUGUAUACGUUGCAAUUCAAGCUGUGUUGGCGCUGUACGCACAAGGUUUGUCAUCAGGGGUCGUUGUCGAUUCAGGUGACGGUGUUACACAUAUUGUUCCAGUGUAUGAAUCUGUGGUUCUUAAUCAUUUGACUAGAAGAUUGGAUGUUGCAGGAAGGGAUGUAACAAGACACAUGAUUGAUUUACUUUCUCGCCGUGGUUACAAUUUUAAUAGAAGUGCAGAUUUUGAAACUGUUCGUCAAAUGAAGGAAAAAGUGUGCUAUGUUUCUUAUGAUUUGGAUUUGGAUUCUAAGUUAGCAAGAGAAACAACAACUUUGGUUGAGAAUUAUGAACUUCCGGAUGGAAGAGUGAUCAAAGUGGGCCAAGAACGAUUCGAAGCUCCUGAAUGUCUGUUUCAACCAAGUCUUGUCGAUGUUGAGCAACCUGGAGUGGGCGAAAUGCUGUUCAAUACAGUACAGUCAGCUGAUGUCGAUAUUAGAAGCGCUCUGUACAGAGCCAUAGUUUUGUCAGGGGGGUCAAGUAUGUAUCCUGGACUACCAUCAAGAUUGGAGAAAGAACUGAAACAACUAUGGUUUACUAGAGUAUUGCACAAGGAUCCUUCGAGACUAGAGAAAUUUAAAGUUAGAAUAGAAGAUCCACCCAGAAGGAAGCAUAUGGUUUUUAUUGGUGGAGCUGUUUUAGCCAAUAUCAUGGCUGAUAAAGAUCAUAUGUGGCUCUCUAAGCAAGAAUGGCAUGAAAAUGGCCCUGCUGCGAUGGCAAAAUUUGGGCCAAGAUAA